ACCAACUGGGUACUUAAUUUUAGAUACACAGAGGAACACAUUGGCUCCAAGGCACUUCCUCUGGUUUAGGAAGGCAAGGCCCUGGAUAAGAAUGACAAGACGAUCAUUCCAAAAGGAGAAAUGCUGACGAUCCUCUCUGGGACUUCCAGGAAGUGAACGCAUCACUCCGAAACCGUAGCAGUUUCAAGAAACUGCUUCUUUCAAAAAUUCUAUCCAGUCAUGGAUACUAAUGAUGACCUUGAUGAAGACCAUCUUACAAGUUAUGAUAUUCAGCUCAGUAUUCAAGAAGCCAUUGAAGCCAGCAAGUCUGUGUUUUAUUCUGAAAGAUCUGUACCACUGAGUGAUCAAAACAGAAAACUUGUGGAAGCCAUAAAACAAGGUCACAUUCUUGAGCUCCAGGAAUAUGUGAAAUAUAAAUAUGCAUUGGAUGAAGCUGACGAAAAAGGAUGGUUUCCAUUGCACGAGGCUGUGGUUCAACCCAUUCAACAAAUACUUGAAGUUGUUCUGGAUGCAUCCUACCAGACACUCUGGGAGUUCAAGACCUCGGAUGGAGAAACACCCUUGACACUGGCAGUCAAAGCUGGUCUGGUAGAAAAUGUAAGAACUUUACUAGAGAAGGGAGUGUGGCCAAACACCAAAAAUGACAAAGGAGAGACACCCCUUCUGAUCGCUGUGAAAAAGGGCUCCUACGACAUGGUGUUCACUCUGCUGAAACACAACUCCAGCCUUGACCAGCCCUGCAUCAAGCGAUGGUCGGCGAUGCACGAAGCGGCCAAACAAGGCCGCAAAGACAUCAUAGCUCUGCUGCUGAACCACGGAGGCAAUGUCCACCUGAGAGACGGAUUUGGCAUCACGCCGCUGGGUGUUGCUGCCGAGUAUGGUCACUGCGAUGUGCUGGAACACCUCAUCCACAGAGGUGGUGACGUCUUUGCUCUGGCAGAUGAUGGCGCGUCAGUGUUGUUUGAGGCAGCAGGAGGGGGCAAUCCCGACUGCAUUUCCCUCCUGCUGGAAUAUGGAGGAAGUGGAAAUGUUCCCAACAGAGCGGGGCAUCUUCCAAUACACAGAGCUGCCUACGAGGGACACUAUCUUGCACUGAAGUAUCUUAUCCCAGUAACAUCCAAAAAUGCAAUUCGGAAAAGUGGGCUAACACCAAUUCACUCCGCAGCAGAUGGACAAAAUGUGCAGUGCCUCGAACUGCUUAUUGAAAAUGGCUUUGAUGUCAAUACCCCACUCGCGGACCACAUUUCUGGGAGCUAUGAUGACGAGCGGAAGACGGCGCUGUAUUUUGCCGUUUCUAACAAUGACAUCCAGUGCACCGAAGUCCUGCUGGCUGCAGGUGCAGACCCAAACCUAGACCCCCUCAACUGUCUGCUUGUGGCAGUGAGGGCCAAUAACCAUGAAAUUGUCCGGCUGCUUCUCUCCCAUGGAGCUAACGUCAAUUGUUACUUUAUGCACGUGAAUGACACGCGUUUCCCCAGUGCCAUUCAGUAUGCCCUCAAUGACGAGGUGAUGCUGCGCCUGUUGAUGAAUAAUGGCUAUCAAGUGGAGAUGUGCUUUGAGUGCAUGCAUGGGGACAUCUUUGGAAAUUCAUUUGUGUGGUCAGAGAUAGAAGAAGAGGUACUACCCGGGUGGACAUCUUGUGUAAUAAAAGAUAACCCGUUCUGUGAGUUUAUUACAGUUCCUUGGAUGAAACACUUGGUAGGCAGCGUUAUUCGUGUGUUAAUCGAUUACAUGGAUUAUAUUCCUCUGUGCGCUAAGCUGAAGUCUGCAUUAGAAGUACAGAGAGAAUGGCCAGAAAUCCGUCAAAUACUAGAGAAUCCUUGCUCAUUAAAGCAUUUGUGUCGGUUAAAAAUUCGAAGGCUUAUGGGACUCCAGCGACUCCGCCAGCCAGCCUCAAUGCAGAAGCUCCCUCUACCACCAACCAUCCAAAGAUAUAUAUUAUUUAAAGAGUACGAUCUUUAUGGACAAGAGCUAAAAUUGCCAUGAUUUAAAAGAUAAUAUUUUAAAUGUGAUUUAAAAAAUAUUUUUAAAUGGAGUUCAUUCAGAAUUUCUUGGCAUCAUUUUAUAUAGUUAAGUGUAUUUAAAUCCAUUAACAAUUUUAUAACAAUCGUGUGUUCUUAUGGGGACACCAUAUUGUACAUCUUUAAAGACCUUUACAUUGUGAUUUUUUUAAAAAGCCGGUCAGUACUUUGUAUGUGAAUUUCUAUUAAUUAUCUUCACUUCCAGCAAGUCUUCAAAUUCUCCCCAUCAGAUGUCUCCUACAAUGUCCAUCUCUCCUGCAUUUCUACAACAAGGAACCACUGUCUUAAACCCCCAGUUGUUGGCUCUUUCCUUCCUUUUAUACCCACACCGAGCUCCUUCUUGCCUGCGGAUACACACUGUCCUCUAGCUUUUGCUCCCUUUGCUCCCUUUCUCAAGGUCUUUAAUAACUGCCUUGUUGCUAAUUUCAAUGAGCAUUCUUAGUCCUUUCAUCUGAGUCCUACAGCAUAUAGGACUCCUGUCUGCUCCUUCCUUGAAAUGGCUUUCCCUUUGUUUUCAGGACACCUUGCUCUCUUGGCUCUCCCCUCACCUACCUCCCUGACCGAUUGCUCCUCUCUCUGGCUGCUUUUUGUGGUGCUUCUCUCCUGCCAACCCGUUAGUAUGUGUCUUAAGCUCUGUUUUCUUCUUGUGCUGUGUUCUCUGGGAGAAAUGUCAUCCACGUCGAUGGUUUCAAUAACUAACUGUAUACAGUUGGCCAGACAAUUUAUAUCUGAAGUUCAACUCUUUCUCUCAUCCUAUGUAAGCAAGGGUUCUAUUGGACUUUUGUUUUUUUCUAAAGAUUUUAUUUAUUUGAGACACACACACACACACACACACACACACGAGAGAGAGAGAGGGAGAGAACAAGCAGGAAGGAGAGUCACAGAGAGAGGGAGAAUCGGAGACUCUCCACUGAGCAGGGAGCCCAAUGGGGCUCCGGGAUCCCAGUACCCCGGGAGAUCAUGACCUAAGCCAAAGGCAGAUGCUUAACCCACUGAGCUACCCAGGUGCCCCUCUAAUAGACUUUUUUUUUCCCUAAUGGACUUUUUAAACACAAAGGCACCUCAAACUCAACAUGUCCCCAAAUAAACUCACUACCUUCCUCCAAAAAAGGUGGGGCUCCUUGCCUAUCUUCUCUAGCUCACUAGUUAAGCCCAAUUAUCAUCAAUACAGUUUCCUGAGGAAAAACCUGGACGUCAACUCCAACCAUCCCAUUUGUCUUACCCAAUAUAGCAAUUCACCAAAUCCUGGUUAAGUGUGUCCCUUGAAGACAUCUUCUUCUACUCAGUCUUACGGAUUUGGCCCUAAUUCUAGCUAUUAGCUUCUUUUACCUGGGAUGCAAUCGUGCUGCCUAACCGGCCUUCCUGCCUGCCGUCUUGGCCCAUCCCACACACGUUCUACCCACAGCAUCCCAGAGGGAUCUUUUACAAAUCUAAGUCGAGUUUCACUCCCCUGCUUAUAAUCAUUCCCUUUGCUCUUAGGAUAAAGUCCAAAGUUCUUCCUGGCCCUUCUGAUCCAAAUCCCUGCCUUCCUCCUUAGCUUUAUCUCUUGACUUCUCCCUCACCCCUCUCCUUUAACCAUAUUAAACACCUGUUAGAAGUCUGUUCUUCUAACAGUGAUUCCCAGAUUUUCAGAUUUUAUACACCUGUAGUUUCUGUCUUGUUAAUUUCAAAAAUAGGGACAUCUAUUUUUUUUUAAAAAAUCUAUCAUCUACUAUCACUGUCAUUUUAUAGAAGAAUGGCCAUUUUAAUGCCAGAAAGCCAGUUGGUCGUAAAACCAAUUAUUGUAAUUGAAUGACUUUAGUUUUGAAAAGACUUACCACAUUAUCUUCAUUUCCUCACUGAUGGGUGAAAAUUUCAUUCUGGCUCAGCAAAUAUCUGAGGUCCUUUGUUUGGGAACCACUGUUAUAGAAAUAGACCAUACUCUUUUUUACAUCGGGGUCUUUGAAUUUUUUUCUGUGCCUGGAAUCCUCUUUUCAUCUCCUUCUCCCCCUCUCCUCCCUCCUCCAGGUGUCAGCUUAGACGAUCCCUCCCCGGGAGGGGAGGUCCUAGCUCAGCACUUCUCAGGCUGGGUUUCAGGCCCCAGGUUCUCACCUGUCUGCCCCACUAGACUAGAAACUCUAGGAGGACAGGCUCUGUGUCUGUUUUGUUUUCCAGUGUUUUCUUAGAGCCAAACACAUUCCCUGGAGCACAAAGUUCAACAAUUAUUUGUUGAAUAUAUUGAAUGAGUACAUUUUGUGUAAGACCCAGACAAAAAUAAUCAGUGACCUCAUCACUAUCAUGGUAAAUUGAUAGUUCUGAAUCUGUGAAUUGGCUAUGUAACCUUAAUCAUGUAAUUAUUUAGAUUUGUUUUUCUUAGAUUUUAAUAAUAUGUUUUCCUUAUAUUUAUUUUUAUCUUUAGAGUUACUAUAUUUUUCCAAUGGUAAUACCUGAUUGAUUUGUGAAUUUUUAAAAUUGUAUUUAGUUUCAGUUAUCUUUAGAAGAAAAAUAAGCAUAAAAACAAACGUGAAAUGAGAGCUGCAGUGUUAACCCUCCUGUAUUCCCUAGAGGAUAUAUUUUUAUAUAACUUGAGCUGUAAUGUAUUUAAUUCAAACUAUAAUGUUUUGUGUAUAAUAUUGCAUGAUUCUUCUAUUGUUCAAGUUGUGGCUAAAGGCACUGUUACCUGUAAGUAUUGUUCUGAGUAAAUAAAAACUCAUACUGAAGAUGAAGUCUACUAUCUGAUAUUUCAGAUAUUCAAUAAAUCAAAGCAUUGACACUUUCUUCAAUGUAUUUUUGUGUAAGCACAUUCAAGCUGCUUCAGAUAUUAAAUAAAGUCUAGUAUACUAAAGCUG